AUAAUUUUGAGAGUAUUAAUAAAUAUAUGAUUGCUGAAUUGUAAAAAAAUUUUAUUUAAAAAUGAUUUGCAAAAUGCACAAAUUUUUAAAUUUUGUAAUCCUUAUUUAUUUAGUCAAUGGCGGAAUUUUAUUUUCCAAGAAGCAGGUAUCAGAAUACAGCAGUAGCGAAGAAGAAAAUGAGGAAUUGCCUGAAGAUAAGAGUGAUAUAUCAUUUUUCUUAAAGGACGUGCCAGAAGAUGAAAGUCGUAUGCUAUUUUUCUCAGAGAUAUGGAUUGACAAAACAAUAAAAUUUAGUGCUAGAAGUUAUCAAGAAACAGAAGGAUUUUUGAUACAAACAGAUAAAGAACCAAAUGAUUAUAGCGAAGAUGAUUCAUCAAGGGACCAAACUGAAAAUUAUACAUCUUCUUCAGAGAGUUCUACAACAUCAGAUGACGUGAUUGAAAAUUACCAAAAAACUUUUAAUUUAUUUGAUAAAGACCAUGAUGGCUUUUUAACCAAAACUGACAUUUACCAUAUUUUUAAAAAUUAUGAUUGUAAUUGGACGAAUUAUAAUGAAAUUGAUGAAUUAUUAAAUGAAUUCGGAUCUAGUGAAAAAAAUGCAAUGCAAUUAGAUUUUUUAGAUUUCGUAAACAUGAUGGAGACACAUUAUCACAAGCUUGCUCAUCAUUUAUUUCAUAAUUCUGAUGUUGACAAAGAUGGUUAUCUUAGCACUAAAGAAUUUUUUAAUUUUGUAUCAUACAUCACAGAUUAUAAAGAUUUGACCAUCGAUGAAAUAGAACCAUUAAUUAAAAAAUAUCGAAAAGCAGACAUUAAAGGCUUAAAUUUAGAUGAGUUUAUACAUUUUAUUUGUCGUUCUAGAUAUAAAAAUAUUCGAGAAAUGAAGAUUCGCUCUAAUAACAAGUUUCCAACAAACAAGCAUUGAUGUGUCUUUAUAAUAAAACAACUUUUGAUUUGUUUUAUUUCGUGUCAUAUUUUAUUAUUUAAUGUAUUUCUUAUAAUAAAACUAAUUGUUAACAUAAAUUGUUAG